AUGAAAGUCUGGUUCAUUACUGGAUCCUCCCGUGGCCUUGGCCUCGCUGUCGCUGAAGCUGCUCUCAAUAAUGGAGACUCGGUCAUCGCGACCGCUCGAAAGCCAGAACAACUUUCCAGUCUGGUCGACAAAUUCGGUUCUGAUCGAGUCCUCCCUGUUGCACUCGAUGUUACCAAUAACGACAACGUCAUUCAGGCCGUGAAGGCUGGCCAUGAAAAAUUCGGCCAAAUCGACGUCGUCGUCAACAAUGCUGGAUACGCGAAUACUUGCUCUGUCGAGGACAUUGAUAUCGACGAUUUCCGAGCUCAAGUAGACGCCAAUCUUUUCGGCGUCAUUUACGUGUCAAAGGCUGUUAUUCCCAUCCUUCGUCAGCAGAAGACUGGCGGCCAUAUCUUCCAGGUAUCCUCCCUUGGUGGACGUGUCGGCUCUCCGGGUCUCUCUGCCUACCAAUGCUCCAAGUGGGCCGUCGGUGGUUUCUCGACUGUCCUUUCUCGGGAGGUUGCUCCCCUAGGUAUUAAGAUCACCGUUCUUGAGCCUGGUGGCAUCAGAACUGACUGGGCCGGUUCAUCGAUGCAUGUUCCCCCAGUGAGUGAGCCCUACCAGCAGACCGUCGGGGCAUUUGUCGAGAUGCUGCGUACAUCAACGGGAAGUGAGCCAUCGAUCCCGAGCAAGAUUGCGGAUAUUAUGAUUAAGCUCUUGGACGAGGAGGAGCCUCCUUUGCGCCUUCUUAUUGGUCCUGAUGCGGCUGAAUAUGGCCGGCAGAUGGGCGAGGCACUCGCUGCAUCAGACGCGAAGUGGCACGAGCUGAGCAUAUCUUCGGCAUAG